AUAUUAUUAUGUCUUGAACAUUAGUUCCUUCAUAAGUAUCCUUAAUUCAUUUACCAACUAUUAUAAAAUUGAAACUUGAAUUUAAAUAAUUGAUGCUUAUUAGUAAAAAGUAUUAAGUAAUUAACCAAAACGUUUGUAAAUUUAUAGUUUGUGUAGUAAUAAUUGUCAUAUUAAAAUGAGUUUUCAUACUAAAAUAGUAUUGAUUACCGGUGCUAGUUCAGGAAUUGGUGCGGCAACUGCAAUACACUUUGCCAAGUUGGGAGCAAAACUAGCACUUACUGGACGCAAUCUUGUCAAUCUACAAAAUGUAGCCGAUCAAUGUGAAAAGAGUUGUUCACUAAAACCGUUUGUGAUUACUGGUGAUCUGACCAACGAAGAUGAUACUAAACAAAUUUUGGAUUCCACUAUUUCACAUUAUAAUCAACUAGAUGUCUUAGUAAAUAAUGCAGGUAUUUUAGAAAGCGGAUCUAUUGAGUCUUCAUCCCUUGAACAGUAUGAUCGGGUAAUGAACGCUAAUGUGCGAUCCAUCUAUCAUCUAACCAUGUUGGCUGUUCCGCAUUUAGUGAAGACUAAAGGUAACAUAGUAAAUAUAUCCAGUGUAAAUGGAACCAGAUCUUUUCCUAAUGUAUUAGCAUACUGCAUGUCAAAAGCAGCAGUGGAUCAAUUUACAAGAUGUGUGGCAUUGGAAUUAGCACCAAAAGGAGUUCGUGUGAACAGUGUUAAUCCGGGUGUUGUAGUAACAAAACUUUUAACAAGACAAGGAAUGAGUGAAGAGGAUUAUUCAGCAUUUUUGGAAAAAACCAAAUUCACGCAUGCUUUAGGAAGACCAGGCACCGUCGAAGAAGUUGCCAAAGCAAUUGCAUUUUUAGCUAGUGAUGAUGCUAGUUUUACAACUGGCGAAUCAAUUUUAGUUGAUGGAGGAAGACACGCUAUGUGCCCAAGAUAAAAUAUUUAUUUUAUAAAUUGCCAAUUCAGCGAAGAAAGAUCGAUGACACAACACCUCAGAUUGCGUUUCUGAAUGCCUGAGUAACAAACCUCUAAAUAUCUUCAACACAUUAAAUUUUAUCAAGGAUACUAAUUUAUAUAAAACUAUUUAACAAAAAAAAGCAAAAAAGUACAUUUUAUAUUG